GUGACGUUUGUUUGCAGACAAAUUUUUUUCGCUCAAAUGUAAAAAAAACUAAUAAAUAAAUCAAGUGAUAUUGUUAUAUUUAGAAAAUUUUGAAGCAUGUCAUUCAAAAUUUUGCAAACUAUGGAGGAAGGUGAGCAGUGUCUUUGCAUUGUUCCUUCCGCCUGGGAGAAAGAUGGUAUCUUGUGGUGGCCAAAGGCAACAGGUGCUGCCAAAUUGCUUCGGGAUGAGUACUCUCAUCCGACAUCCAAAUGGCAACAGAUGGUCUGCAUUCAGAAACGAGAGUACCGGACACUGCUGGAAGCAGAAAGCGAGCUUGAACGAAUGGAAGCACUUUCCGACACCGAAACAGAGGAAAUGGUUUCUUUCAAAAAUUCAUGCACACGAAGAGUUGCACCAAAAACGAGCAUGAAACAUUUCCUGAAAGACUUCAACGGAAUUUUGCAACCCGCUGACUAUAACUUUCAAUCCGUUCAAGGUGAAGUUCCAGGCACUUUGGUUACUUCACCACAGGAAGAUACUGGCACUCCGAACACCUUUUAUUUACCGUCAACAGUGCUUGAAGAAGAAAUGAGUGCUGCAAAUAUAGAGACUAUUGAUAACACUAGCUGCCAAGCGGUAUCAUUGGAAGACAUCGCAACCAACCAAGCACGCAUCAUUGAUAAUCAGAAUAAAAUGAUCACCGUCCUUGCUCAAUUGAAGGCAAGUUUUGAUUAUCUGAAUGAAAAAGUGAUGCAAAUGGAAUCAGGUCCUGAUAAAAGUGCUUCAGAAGUUUACACAAAAGAUUUUUUUAAACCUGUCGAGUCAUUGGAGAUGUUGGAUGACUUGGAGAGUAUUCUAAAGGACGAAACUGUCAUAAGCAGAUACGUUAAAAACAUGAGCUACAUUUGCGGCACAACCUCAAAGGAGGAUGGUAUUGAUUGCUGCUAUCGUCUUAUCGAUUAUUUUAUGACUCGACAGUUCCUUACAAGAUGUACAUGGACUGGUAUCUCCAGAGACAACACUGCAUCAGUAGAACUUAACGAGGAGUCUGAGCCGCAGAUGAAAAUUCCAUUCAUGACUUACAGAAGAGUCAGACUACUAUUUUUGAAACUUGUUCUUCAAGCGGAUAGUAGUUUCACAGCCAUGAAAUGCGAUGAAUUUUUCAAACGGGUACUGAAAAUUAGCAAACAACGAUUGCUAUCUAAAACAGUAUCUAAACAUAAGAAUCGUCCAAAAAGAUUGCAGUAUGGUGCCCGUCAACAUAGCCUUCAACAGGGUGCCCAAUAAAAUUCUUAAAGCAAAUUUGUACUAUGAUGAUGUUACGUUGAAAUGGUACGUUUAAAUAAAUUGGAUUAAUGUUUUAUGUUUUAUUUA